AUGACGCCAACCAACGUCGAUCCGAUUACGCUCGAAGUGAUGCGCAACGGGUUUUACUCCAUCGCGGACGAGAUGAUCGCCGCGCUGAUCCGCGCGAGCUACUCCACGAACAUCAAAGACCGUCGGGAUACGUCGGGAGCAAUCUACACCGGCGCCGGCGAUGUGGUCGUGGUGGCGCAGAGCGAGAUUGGUACCCCGCUGCAUCUUGGUACGAUGCACUCCGCCGUCUUGACCGCUAUGGACCAGUACCCGUUCGAGGAGCUGGAGCCGGGCGACGCCGUCGCGCUCAAUACGCCCUACCCAGCCGGUCCCGGCCAUCUCAACGACCUGGCGCUGAUAUCACCCGUAUUCUAUGAGGGCGAGCUCAUUGCCAUAACCGCCAAUCAGGCCCACCACGUCGACAUGGGCGGAUUCGCCCCUGGGUCGAUGCCAUUCGGCGUCACGGAGAUUUUUCAAGAGGGCCUGCAAAUUCCCACCGUGCGCCUGUUCCACAAGGGACAGCUCAACCGCGACCUCUGGGCACUGAUCGCUCAGAACGUUCGCCCCAGGACCGAAGUACGGGGCGACCUCCUUGCUCAGUUCGCCGCCAACAACGUCGCCGAGCGUCGGCUGACCGAUCUCGCGUCGCGGUACGGACCGGAGAUGGUGAGACGCUACCUCGACGAGAUGCUGAACUACUCCGAGAGGCGCAUGAGGGCCGCGCUGAAGCAGAUACCCAUCGGCACCUACGAGUUCGAGGACGUGAUGGAAGGUGACGGCAUAACCGAUUCGCCGAUCACCAUCCGCGUCAAGAUCGAAUCGAAGGGCGACUCGUUCGUCGCCGACUUCACGGCAAGCGACGACGCCUGCAAAGGGCCCCUCAACUGCCGCUGGCCUUCCGUCGCAGCAUGCGUCUAUUACGUGCUCAAGGCCUGCCUCGACCCGGAGCUUCCACCUAACGCGGGGGCGUACCGUCCCGUCGAGAUCAAGGUACGGGAGGGCAGCCUCCUGUCCGCGCGGUACCCGAUGGCCGUGUGCAACGCCAACAUCAUCACCACGCAGCGGAUCACCGAUGUGCUGCUCGGCGCGCUUGCGCCCGUUAUUCCCGAUAAGGUGCUGGCGGCCUGUUCAGGUACGAUGAAUCUGCUCAACAUCGGUGGUAUCGACCCGCGCAACGGCAUCUACUACAACUACGUAGAGACCUACGCAGGCGGCCAGGGCGCCAUGCAUAACGCGGACGGGAUGGACGCCGUCCAGAACCACAUGACAAACACCCGCAACGCCCCGGUGGAGUCAAUCGAGCUUGCCUAUCCCCUGCUCGUCGAGUCCUACGGACUGGUGCCGGACAGCGAAGGCGCCGGUCGGUACCGGGGCGGACUGGGAAUUCAUCGGCACCUGCGCGUGCUGGGUGAAAGCGUCACCCUGACCCUCAGUUCCGACCGGGAACAGAGUAAGUCCCUGGGGCCUCUUCGGGGGCGAGGACGCAGACCGAUCGGCGUGCAUCAUAGAGGCCCCGGACGGCUCUGA